AUUUUGAUAUUAAACCAAAAUGGUAUUUUUCUAAUUUGAGAGUAUAUUAUCAAAAACAUGUCAUUCCGCAGAAAUUAUUACCUUAAUAUUGGCCUAAAUGAAUGUCUAAUUAGCCCACAGAAUACUCGAAACAUCCCUAUUUGAUAUCAAAAUCAAGAACUAUAUAUGCUAACUGAAUCUCACUUAUGGGGAUUUCUUUAUGAAUUUUCAAUCUAAGCAUACUCUCUCUAUAUAUUCUAUCUAUUUCUCCAGUAAAAAUAUUCUUCUUCACCUUCAUUUUCCACAAGCAGAAGGAACAUGUCUACCAAAUACCAUAUUGUUGAGGUCAUCUCAAUUAUUUUAAUAUUGGGAUCACUUGCUUCAAGGCUUGUUGAAUGCAGAAAUGUUAUUUCAGAUACCGUACGAUACCAAGCAAUUAAUUGUCGCAGGCACAGUGCAGUUUUGACAGAUUUUGGAGGGGUUGGUGAUGGAAAAACAUCUAAUACAAUUGCUUUUCAAUCAGCAAUUGCUAAUCUAAGCAACUAUGCAUCAGAUGGUGGAGCACAGCUUGUUGUACCACCUGGAAAAUGGUUAACUGGGAGCUUCAAUCUCACUAGUCAUUUCACUCUUUUUCUGCAUAAAGAUGCUGUUCUUCUUGCUUCUCAGGACGAGGCAGAAUGGCCUGUUCUUCCUCCAUUGCCAUCGUAUGGAAGAGGAAGAGAUGCACCUGGUGGAAGGUAUAGCAGUCUAAUUUUUGGUACAAACCUCACGGAUGUGGUGAUUACAGGUAAUAAUGGCACGAUCGAUGGGCAGGGUGCAACUUGGUGGGACAAGUUCCACAAGGGUCUGUUGAAUCUGACCAGACCUUAUCUUAUUGAAAUUUUGUACUCUCGUCUUAUUCAAAUAUCCAAUCUUACUUUAAUAAACUCCCCAUCAUGGAAUGUUCAUCCCACGUAUAGCAGUUAUGUUUUGGUCCAAGGGCUGACCAUUCUUGCACCAAUUGAUUCCCCUAACACAGAUGGGAUCAAUCCAGACUCGUGCAGAAACGCUAGAAUCCAAGAUUGCUACAUAGUUUCAGGGGACGACUGCAUUGCAGUUAAAAGUGGUUGGGAUCAAUAUGGAAUCAAAGUUGGAAUUCCUACAAAGCAUCUGGUGAUAAGAAGGAUAACCUGCAUUUCUCCUGACAGUGCAACCAUUGCUCUUGGCAGUGAAAUGUCCGGUGGAAUCCAGGACGUUAGAGCUGAAGAUAUCACAGCAAUCAACACUCAAUCCGGCGUCAGAAUCAAAACUGCAGUAGGAAGAGGAGCUUAUGUCAAAGACAUUUUUGUGAGAAGAAUGAACCUCACCGCAAUGAAGUAUGUUUUUUGGAUGACAGGCUCUUAUGGAUCACACCCAGAUCAAGGAUAUGAUCCAAAUGCACUGCCUAAUAUUACCCAAAUAAAUUACAGAGACGUUGUGGCUCAGAAUGUGACCUAUUCUGCGAGACUUGAUGGGAUUAAAAAUGAUCCUUUUACGGGUAUUUGCAUUUCUAGUGUAAAUAUAACAUUGACAGAGAAACCAAAGGAACUACAAUGGAAUUGCACUGAUAUAAAGGGCGUUACCAGUAAUGUGACUCCUGAGCCGUGUAAUUUGCUGCCUCCUGCGAAAAAUAAGAUCGAUUGUCCUUUUCCAGAAGCUAUACUUCCAAUUGAUUAUGUUCAGCUCAAAACCUGCUAUGCCGCCAGGCCGCAGCUGUUGGGUUCCAUGUUAAUUAUUAGGAGCAAUGAAUAAAAUUAAUUAUUUAGGUGACUAAUUUUUCUUUUUUUUUUUAAUCAAUAAUUAAUCGAUUUCGUUUUAAUUUUUAUAAU